AUGCAGCCUGACCAGCCGUACACUGAGAGAAUGGUCACUUUCAUUUAUGAGCUGCGAAGGACUCCGAUGUCACUUUCCGUAUUCCACCGAUACCGGCUCGUUCAAGAACGACACAUUCUUACCCGCCAAACGCCUCAUCAAUCUGUUAAGGAAGGAAGUCCCUCAACGGUCUUGAGAUUUGGUGAUUCUAGACCUUUGAAAGCUGUUGGGGCAUUUGUGGUUUGGAUCUCGAAUUUAUACUCUUUCAAUGGUCCAUAUAUCCGUUAUCACCGCCUGAGAAACAAGUUUGGCGACAAGCACCGUGGUCGGAUUCAACCAAUCAGGAAAUUGAAGAUACCGAACCUAGCUCCCUCUCACAGUUUCAGGGCGGAAGUUAUCGAUUUGAGCGCGGACGGAUACCUGUUCGUUCGAGGGACUUACAUCAAUAUUACUAUGGAGAAUAGGGAUCUAGUCUUUGCACUCGAAGGUCCGAAGUUGCUGUGGUAUCAGGAUGGCGGCGAAGAUGAACUCCCCAGACUGCAUCCACUAUACAUUGGAAAAGAGCGGGUUUAUUUUGUCACGCAGGUCAAUACACCAGAACUUAUUGCAUACGGCAUCAAAACAGGACAACGCCUUUAUCGGUCUAUACUACCUGGCCAAUUCAGAAAUAACACCAACCCAUCCCUCUUCAGCUUUGUUCGUGAUAAGGAACACGAAUUUCUAGCGCAUGUAUCACGAGUCCGUUCUCCAUUCGUUUGCGUCACUCUGGUCAGCGGAAUUGACGGUAAAGUUUUCCAAGAAAUCAGGAUUAAAGAUGAUCAAUGGCCCUUGAAAUUUCAAGGGCAGCCAAACGUAGCCGCCUUCGCGCUGGAAAGAAACCUGUCAAAUUUUCUUGAACCGAAGGAAGUGUCGGAUAAAAAUCUCCGAAACGAGAUUGGAGCUGUUAUAAAACAGCAUGGGGUUAACGGAAAGAUUGAGAGCUGGCUCACCUUGACUGCGGCAAACCGCAUUACCCUGCCGCCAAAACCGGUCGGAUCGAAACCUAGAGAACCAUGGCUGGUUUGUAACGCAACCCCCCGCGACACCUUCAAACUUGGCUUUUGGGAAGAGCGGGGAUUUAUGUUUAGCAUUAACAGCUCCUCUGAUAACUAUUCAGAGAUGACAUAUAUUGUGGAUUUUACAACAAAACCGAAUCACUCAAAUCCUGGAAUAUAUGCAGCAUAA